GUUGACAGAACAAAACAAUCAUGUUUACGUGUCAAGUUGACUGUCAUGAAAAUUCACAAUAAAAAAUUCAAAGAAAAUUAUUUAGGCCCAUUUUACUAAUGAUUGGAUAAAAUUUACAACAAUGUCAUGGUUCGCGGACCUCGCCGGCAAGGCAGAGAACCUGCUGAACAAUUUAGACGAGCAGACCGGCGCGGCAUUGCGGAACCAUAAUGUGGGGAAGCCGAAAAAACAUGAAUUUCAUCAGGAAUUUGCUGCUGGGCAGAAAAAGCGGCCUACGGGUCGUAACUUCAAGAAGGUGUCUACUUCAACGGAAACUAGGGCCACUAUUACGCCAAGUCGGAAACCUUCACCUACAUCCCACCAGCCUCGAUCGCCAAGUAAAGAUAGCCAAGACAUAGUCAUCAGAACACCAAGAAGCAAAAAGUCUCCUAACAGAAAGCCUAAUACUCAGUUUAGUCUCAACCAUUGCCCAAGAACUCUGGUGGGUGACAUAAAAGAUAGUGAUGUUGACGAUCAAUAUGGUUUAAAACAGCGCAGAUACAGCUUGCCCGCAGAUUUAGAGCUACUCAGCAGUCAUAACCUGACAUAUAAAAUGCAAAAUUUAGAAGUGGAAAACGCCAUGUUGAAAAAUGAACUCAACGUCAUGAACCGAGAAGUGUCGGAACUGUUGGACAGGCUACGUCGGACGGAGGAUGGUAAUUUUAAAAUUAAUGGUUAUAGUGAAGAGCUAAGCAAGACACAAAUCAAAUUCGAAAAUUCAGAGCUGCACAAUCAAAGGAUAACAUUAGACAGAGACUCUCAGAUCACACAAAUUGAACAACUUAAGCACAAGAUAAACGAAAUUACAAUGGUUGAAGUCGCGCGGCAAAAGGACCACAGUCAGGCCUUGGAGACGGAACUCAGUUUGUUGAAAGAUAGGAAUUUGGAACUAGAAGAAAAAAUCAAACAACUCACAGACAAAACCAAUGAAAACAACGCAUCACAAUUAAAACUAGAAAACGAUUUACGACACGCACAAUCCACAAUAAGUGAACUAAAAGCCAACUUAGAAAAAUCAAACGCCGAAUGCCAGAGGCUAGAAAAAGAUUGGGAAACGUACAAACUGCGAGUGAAGAGUAUGCUGUUUGCCAAAGACAACGAAAUCAAAUCGUUACAAGAGGGGAUGAACCUAACUGAAGACACGAAGAACUUGAUCGAACAGUUGGACGGAUUGAAAGAGGAACGCGAAGUGUUAUCCGACGCAAUAUCCCGAGUGCGCGGCGAGUGUAACGAUAUGAAGACCUACAUAGAUCAGCUGGAGUCGCGACACAGCGCGACGGAGCGCGUGGUGACAGCCCUGAGAGACGCUUUGAGGGACGAGAGAGCUGCUAAGAACAGGGCUGAGGCACAGUGCCUUGCUAUAGGAAAGGAGUUGAAAACCGUUCAAAUCGAGACAGGCCAGACCAUAGCUAGUCUCCGUACAGCAUUACGAGACAAAGAGAACGAGCUAACCAACCUCCGCAACACGACCUCGUCUAUCCGGACCACAGACACGAGUGCGCUGAAUGUAGCCGACUAUGACGUCAUGCAGGAGUCCAUAGACAAUGAUAAGAUACAUUAUUUGACGGAGACGUUGGUCCAGAAACAAGGGAAGAUCGAUUCGUUGUUGGCUGAUAAUAACAUGCUGAGGAUACAGUUGGAAAAGUUGGAGUCUAAAUUCAAAGCAGAGGUGAUGUCGAAACGCAACCACACGCACAGCGUUCACGUAGAAGACCGCGACCGAUGUCGGUCCCGCCACCAGCCCGUGUCGGCGUUGUCGGCGCUGUCGGUCCGAUUCAGCGUCGCUAUGAAGAGGCACCCGCUGUUCAGGACGUUUAUUGUCAUUUAUAUGAUAUGUCUACACCUAUGGGUACUGACGGUUCUCUUCACAAGCACGCCCGAUGGUCACAUUCCCCGGCACGUCAAGUCGUGAGCUUUAAUAUAGUCGCAAAAUACGUUUCAUGUUCAUAAGAAAAUAUAUCAUUUCAAAAUUUAUCAUUUCAAUUCUAUGGAAGAUUUGGCUUAAACUCCUAACGCUGGCCAGACAGGUUGGAAAGGCCAGUUAUUCGUAUAUUUUGUCCUUGUCUCUUCUUAUGGUGCGUCCAGACUGGGCGAACAGGCUCGCGCGGCACGCUGGUCAUCCUGCUCACCCUACUCUUGAGUGAGCAGGAUGUCGAGUUUGUCGUUCGCCCAGUCUGGACGCACCAUUACGACAUCCACGCGAAGAGUGGUAGUCCUGUUCUACUACUCUGUCGAUACCACACUUCUAAAAUCAAACUGUCUCUUUAUUAAGCAACAAUUUAUUUUCUUGUGAACAUGAAACGACUUAAAAUAAGCUUUAAGACAAGUGAAUAAGCACCGAUGUAAAAGUUCUGCUCAAAUUAAAAUAUCACAAAAAAAUUGAUUAACCCCGCUAGUUUUAGAACCCAGUAUUAUUGUUUUAUAAUUUCCGCUUUUUCAUGUUUUAACCGACUUCAAAAAUGGAGGAGGUACUACAAUGUAGUCUGGCUUAUAGUUUCAUAACUAUACUAUACAUACAAUACUGUAUAUCUCGAUUAAUUUGGAAAACUAACAUCUAACAUCUUCAGAACUUUUGCUAAUGCUACCAAAAUUCGAUCAAAAUUUAAUAAAAGCCUUUAGCAAGUCUUUAUGCAAUAUGUAUUGGUGCUAGUGAAUUGUAUAUAAAUUGAAAUGUAAAAAUUGUAUAUUUAAAAAAUGUGUAGUCGAAUCUCGCUAUGCGUUUCUUUGCCAUAAAUGUACCUUCAACAGUGUUGUUAUUUUCGUAAAUUGUAUAAUUUUGACGUUAAAUUCUAUUUUUUUAUUCAGUGAAUUGUUAUUUAUGUACUACU